AUGCCGCCCGACUGCCACCCGCAGGUGUAUAUGGCGGCGAUCGCGCAGCGUUAUGAUAUGCCUGGGGCGUGGUACCUCGACUUCUGGCCCCUGGCGGACCCGGUGCUGGUGGUGACGGACCCGGACGCGGCGCAGCGGCUGCUCACGGGGACGCCGACGCUGAAGCACCCGCAGGUGGGCAAGUUCAUGGGCCCCGUGCUGGGGGAGGACAACAUCGUGAGCGUGAACGGGGAGAUGUGGAAGGCGGGGAAGCGGAUGAUGGGGAGCGGGUUCAGUCAGGGGUACGUGAAGCCGAUGUUGAGCAUGUUUUCGGAGGAUGUGCUUGUUUUUCAUGAGAAGUUAAGGAAGAGGGCGGAGGAGAGGGGCGAGGAGGAGUUUGAGCUGGAGGGGGAGGCGGCCAAGGCUAUUUUUGACGUGAUUGGGAGUAUUGUGUUUGGGAUGUCGUUGGAUGCGCAGGGGAAGGGGUCGGUGUUGCUGGAGGACCUGAGGGCGUUGAUUCAGUAUUUGAGCUUUGUGAUUACGAGCUGGAACCCGGUGAGGAAGGUUGUUGAGUGGUGGCGGAUCCGCGGGGUGAAGAGGCGGAGUGAUGAGGUUCUUCGCAAGGCGGUGCUGGAGCGGUGGGAGGUGAUGAGAGACGAGGGGGAGGUGCCAAGUCGGCGGCUGGCGAAGAGCAUCAUGGACCGGGUCAUUGCGGACUGGAUCCAGAGUGGAGAGGUGGGACCGCCGAAGGGGGAGGUUUUGCACUUGUUGGUUGUGAAUUUGAAGACGCUGCUCCUCGGGGGCCACGGCACGACGACGGAUGCAUUCACGUACACGGUGAUGUUGCUGGGCCUGCACCCCGAGGCCAUGCGGAGGAUGCGGGAGGAGCACGAUGCGGUGUUCCCAGCCGGGCUGCAGGAGAGCGCGGAGAUGCUGCGGACGAACCCAGCCAAGACGAACGAGCUGGAGUACACGACGGCCGUGAUCAAGGAGACGAUGCGCUUCUACCCCGUCGGAUUCAGCACGCGGAUCGCGCCGCCGGAGCUCAAACACCUCGACUGCGACGGGAGACGGCUGCCUAUCGAGGGCUUCAUGCUCGCGCUGUGCCAGUUUGCGUCGCACUUCGACCCGGCCUACUUCGCGGACCCCAAGGUGUUCCGGCCGGAGCGGUUCCUGGGGGCGGAGGGGGCGGCGCUGCACCGGUUUGCGUGGAGGCCGUUUGAGAGGGGCCCGCGGGCGUGUAUGGGGCAGGACCUGGCGAUGGACGAGCUGCGGGUGUUGUUGUUACUCACGGCGCGGUGGUUUGAUUUCGAGACCGUUCCGGUUGGUAAGAGGGAGGCGCGGACGACGUUUUUCGAGCUUGACGCACUGGUGGGAGACAUGGCGUUCCAGGAGAUGAAGAUGGGGGCGGCGGUUCGGAGUGGGAUGAAGAUGAAGGUGAGGCUGAGUGGGAGGGAGUGA